GCACAACUCAAUGACGUGGAAUACGAGCUGCAGAAAUCUGGGUUCUCAGCAGUUUUCACGGAAGCCAGGCAGAGCGAGAAGAGCCUGAAGGGGUCCCACGGUGGCACAACCAUCAUCACCAAGGGCCACCUGAAGGCUACCUCUUUCCGCCACAAGGCACGGGCAGACACGACCUCGAGUGUGACUACUCUCCAAGGGCCGUGCGACAUGGAUACGAUCGACUGGACGCCAGUCACGCUCCACUUGAAGGGCACACCGCUGCUCAUCAUCUCCCUCUACUUGGACCCGAACGCCUCCCUCGUCGACGGGGUAAACGCCAGGAAGUUGACCUCGCUCGCGGCAUUCCUACAUACUACCUCCACGCCGUGGAUCAUCUGCGGCGACUUUAAUUGCGAGUUCGACGCGCUCGAGAAGACAGGGUGGCCGACGGCACUGGGCGCAACGGGCGUGGUCCAAUUGCCAGAGGGCCAGAACACGUCCUUCUUAGGUGACGCGACCCCCCCGAACAUAGGCUACGCCCUGGUGCCGAAGAAGGCCAACCCCAACAGCAAAGCAGCAAAGAAGAAGAAAGCAGCGCUACCAGUCCUGGACGAAUCGGACAACCUCUCCGAUGACGAGGCCGCCGAGACCGACACGGCGAGAUGGGGAGCCCUUGGACCAGACGGUUAUAAGAGAAACCAGACUGGGGCGAUCGCUGACGUCGAGACCAGCGGACCCGUCCCAAGACGAGUCGUCACACAAAUGGACAGCGAGGACAUAGACCCCUUCGUCGACCUGGAUGCGAACCUUCUCAACACGGACAGCAACAUACUCAUGCCCGAAGAUGGCGAAGGGGCCUGGGACACACCAGAGGCGAAGGAUACUACUCAAAAGGCGGAGAGCACGGAUGAGACCAUGCACGACCCAAACGCAGCCACGACCAACUCGUCGGACCUGUCGAAGGAAACCCACAGGACCUCCUCACAGACGAUGCAGCAGCGGAUCGCGGACAAAGCAGCAGGGGUGAACACCACAAUCAUGGACGAUACUUGGGAGGUGGCAGCGCAACUGCAAGCCUUGGAGUCGACUGACACAGCCCCCGAGUACAUAAAGCAGAGUGCAGCAUACAAGACCGACCUGAACGGUGCUGAACGACUAGGGCGACAACACCACCAGUCCAUCGGCACGCUGGAGAAAUUCUAUUGCAUGGCUUACAAAGUGGAUUGGGCAG